AUGAGAAUUAGUGACGAUGAAGAUAUGAAGCCAAAAGCAGCUUUUAGAGUCGUAGUCAAUCGUGGAGAUCCUUACCCAGCAGAAGUAGCUGCAACUGUACAAGCCGUUAUGCAAUCUCUUAAUUUUUCAAAUCCAUACCGUCUUGUUUGGCAAUCAAAAGUUGGACCAAGUGCUUGGCUUGGCUGCGCAACAGAUGAUGCUAUUAAAGGACUGGCUAAAAAUAAUCGACGACAUAUUCUUUUAGUUCCUAUUGCAUUUACAAGUGAUCAUAUUGAAACUUUACAUGAACUCGAUAUAGAAUACGCUGGACAUCUUGCUAAAAGCGUUGGAAUUGAAAUGAUUCGUCGUUGCGCAUCUCUAAAUGAUAGUCCCAUAUUUAUCAAAGCAAUGGCUGAUAUUGUUCAUAAACAUUUGCAAAGUAAAAACCGUCAUACAAAUCAAUUGCCUCUGCGUUGCCCAGGUUGCGUAAAUGCUUCAUGCGAACAAAUGCGAAAAUUUUUCUGUCCAUCAUCUUAA